GCCUCCCAUCUGCAGCGGACUCAGACGCCGCGGCUUGCACUUCUCGGGACCCCCCGGGAUCCACGUUCAGUCCCCGGAGCCAUGGACCCGACUUUGGCCGCGCAGAUGAGCGAGGAGGUGGCCGAGAAGAUGCUCCAGUACCGGCGAGACUCGUCAAGCUGGAAGAUUUGCCGAGAAGGCAAUGGAGUUUCGGUUUCCUGGAGGCCAUCUGUGGAGUUUCCAGGGAACCUGUACCGAGGAGAAGGCGUGGUCUUGGGGACCCCGGAGGAAGUGUGGGAGUGUGUUAAGCCAGUGGCUGGGGGCCUCCGAGUGAAGUGGGAUGAGAAUGUGAACGGCUUUGAAGUGAUCCAGAGCAUCACUGAUACGCUGUGCGUGAGCAGGACCUCCACCCCGUCUGCCGCCAUGAAGCUCAUUUCUCCCAGGGACUUUGUGGACUUGGUGCUGAUCAGGAAGUACGAGGACGGGACCAUCAGCUCCAACGCGACCCACGUGGAACACCCGCUGUGUCCCCCGAAGCCGGGUUUCGUGAGAGGAUUCAACCAUCCCUGCGGCUGCUUCUGCGAGCCUGUGCCAGGGGCUCUGCCCCGAGUGAGUUCUCCCUGUGCAUUUGCUGGGUGGAAUUGCAUUUCUUGGAUGGAAGGGGUCCUCUCCUUGCCUGAAGGCCUGGAGGGGCUGUCGAAUGCCAGAACAUCCACCAGAGCACACAUUUCUCCUCUGCAAGGAGCCCGGCAAGACCAACCUGGUCACAUUCUUCCAGACCGACCUCAGCGGUUACCUCCCCAAGAGCGUGGUGGACUCCUUCUUCCCCCGCAGCAUGGCCGGCUUCUACAGCAACCUCCAGAAAGCCAUGAAGCAAUUUCAUGACUGACGCCAUCAGUUGGCUGGCAGAGAACGUCCGUGACUCAUCUGGGCGUUCCCACUGUUGGACACCGAAGGGUCGAGGAGAACCCAAAGGCCUACGUCCGCCCUUUGGAACAAGCAAGGGGACAGCUCGUCUCUGAGGACACCAGCUAAGUCCACCUCCUGCCCCCUCCUGCCUGCUUUUCCACUGAGGGUUGGCGUGGGAAGAGCCAUUCACUGGCUUCGAACUGUCUGCCACCACCCCGGACAGAGAGGACCCAAGCCAAGCCUCUGGGCACUGAGGCAUCGUGGUCCAGAGCCUUGAUGUGUGGGCCACUGUCACGGACUGUUCCCUUCGUCCCAGAGAAUCAUCGUUGAUACUGAAGAACCAGGUCCUGCUGGCAUUUUAGCCUCUGGAAUUCUCCCCAACUCUGCUGCAAAGCCCUAAGAUGAAAGGACUUGAAGACAUUUAUGGAAAAAAAAUGGAAUUAAAGUACCAGUUCCUUUUGGUGUGAAAAGAUUUGAAAUCCGAGCCUAGUUUUUUCAUAGUAUGCCUUUUUCAUGAACUUUUUGAAGAUCCCCCACCUCGUAUAUUUUUCUGAUAGCGCUCUCUGGACGACUGCGUCGUAGCGAGCACGAUCUUCCCCUUGAAGAAGGUGCCAGUCGGGAAAGGAUGGCUUAGGAACCAUGGGGUACGCACUGAGGCGGUACUUCCACUUCUGCUGCUGGAAUCCGUUGCUUCUCUGUCUUCUCUGUUGAUUUUCAGGUCCCUGGUGAGAGCAGACAGUUGCAAUCUGCCCCCGGCCGAAUCUGCAGCCUCUAGGGGAGCUCUCUUUGGAAACAAGUGACUCAAAGCUGAGCAAGCUGCUCCCGUGGAAGAGCCUGUUGUCCGUCCUCUACUCUAGAGGCCAUUGCAGUGUUCCAGCCUGCAAGCCCGGGUCAGCCCUGUCGCCGUCAGGAGAGACGGCAGAGCAAGUCCGGGUCAGCCCUGCCUGGAAUCUCCCUCUGGGCCCUGCUGUAAGACAGCAUCCCUGGAGCACGGCAGAACCAGGGAGCACGUUCUUGCCCUGAAGGGGCCUCCACAUCCGCACGGCCUCCUUUCCCCCCAUCAUCAGGACUGCACGGGCGGGGGGCCCUCAGCUUUCCCAGCCAGCUCAUCUGCGCUCACACCUGCGUCCUUGUAGGAAAGGGUCCUCGCGUGUCCGACCGGAGCCCCUCCCUGUGGCAGUACUCAGGUUGCUAUUGGAUUGUGGUUCGUGAUGUUCACGCACACGUGAGAGAAAAACAGAGAGAUGCACCUUCCCCGGGGCCCAGUCAUGUCGGGAUCCCUUCCUCCAGCUCCUCGGCGUACUGCGGCCUAUACAGGAAGCGGCCAUCGAGCUCCGUCAAAUGGAAACAUUGCCCUCAUGUGCAGUAACUUUCCCAGCCCCGAGUCCUGGGUGCUGUCUCCCGAAUGGGCCGAGAGGAGAGCAAGCGUCAAAACUCCGUGUCCGGGUUAGAAAGUGCCUUCUGUCGGUGCCCAGCCCCAGGUCCCCCAGUCAUCCCAUUGGGACCAACCGCCUAACUACGUUUUCUUGUCAAGAAGUCUCCAUCAGGCUUUCGAAUUUAUUUAGAAUUCACUCCUUCCUUCCUUCCUUCCUUCCCGUGUCCCCACUCUGCCGAGCACUGUUGUACGUCAACUCCUCGUGAGCUGGUUUCUCAAAUCUGGCCAGUUCUGGGUGCACCAGCCACAGAAAGCUCAUGCCUGUCCCUCCAAGGCCCAGCCUUUGGGAAGUGGAGAUCUCACCGAGAUAGGGCCACCUCGCCAACUCCAUGAAGCUGGCUGGAAAGCCCACCAACCCAGCACACAGCUCGGGUGUGCCCACGCUGCUCCUGCACACCUACUGGCUUCCGGUUCAGCCGGUUGGAGCCCUGGACAGGAAGUCAGAAAAUGUAUGAUCCCAGCCCUGCCACUUAGAAACGGCGCUUCAACAGCACCUCUGCCUUGACUUCCUGUCCUUGAGAGAAGGAUGCGUGGGCUAGCCCCUUAGCAUGUUGGUUGAAUGUUGUGGAUCCCAUGUGGCCAGCCUGGGUUUAUAUCCUGACCCUGUUGGCUUAUGGAACACACUGGGCAUGUGUGUGUGCCCCAAAUUCUGACGAGAUGGACAAGAAUGGAUUGUGAGGUGACCACACCUCAUUGGGGACUCUCUUGCUUUCUGGCAUGUUCACGUGCCCUUUGGCAAUAAAAAAUACAGAAGUACCGAUAGCAUUCCCAGUGUAGCCUGCUUUCUGAGAAUGUGAGGAUGUAAAAGGAUGCAGCUUCUGCCUGGCCCUUGCACUCCGGGGAUGCUCACCCUACUGAAGCAGGCCAGCUUGAGGUUAGCAGGACUGCAGCCAUUCUGAAAUGAAGAAAGGCCUCUAAGAACCAUCUGACCAAGCGCCGAGUCAUGGGGAGAGCUGUUGGAGGAAUGGUCCGACGCGAAGCUGAGUGGCCAUUGAAGUGAAACGGGAGUCGGCCUAGUUACUCAGGGGUAGCACUCAGUUCUGUUCAUUGUAGUGAGAAAUGAUUUGCACAAGCUUGUCUCUUGUAUCCGUAAGUACUGAGAACAUGUAGAGCUUUCUGAGAAUUUAGUGGUGCUUCUUGUCUCCCUGUAACCGGUUUCAGAAAUAAACUCCUUUUUCCAGCC